AUGGGAACCCCUUCUGAUUUUAUUCAUCUUUUCCACAGACGCCACGAGAGUAGCAAAGAUAGAUCACAAAGGGUCACAGCUGAAGAGAAACGCACCUCAAAUGAUCAUCAUGCCGAGACAACCAAUAGCGCUCCCCAAUCACCACAGGAACGAAAGUAUCUAAAGGAUCCAUUUCGAAACACGAACCAUCCGGAUAUCAAUUAUUACGACCCAAUGUCCCAAAAGCGAAAUGCAUCACCAGGCAUCGAUCCAAGCAAUACCGGAGCUUAG